GUAUCGCUGUUACAGCUGCCGGCGGGGCGCGGGGAGACGUGCCGCAGCGCAGCCCGGCAGCGGCGGGUCCCGGACCCGCGCUCGGGAGAGGGAGAGCCCCGUGUCCCUUUCCCACCGCCUCGGCGCUCGGCUGUGCCUUGCUUCGGAGCAGGCACUGCACUGACGUCAGGAUGACACGGUGAGGCCGAAGACAGGAUCUGGGAACGCUCCUUCUGCUUCAGUUUUGAUAAUCAAGUGAAUUUGUUGACACUCCGUUCCUCCAGCAUGGCUAAGAGCGCAGAAGUGAAGCUGGCGAUCUUUGGUCGAGCCGGCGUGGGCAAAUCAGCUCUCGUCGUACGCUUCCUGACCAAACGGUUUAUCUGGGAGUAUGACCCGACUCUAGAGUCUACAUAUCGUCACCAAGCUACCAUUGAUGAUGAAGUGGUUUCCAUGGAGAUACUAGAUACAGCUGGUCAGGAGGAUGCUAUUCAGAAAGAAGGACAUGUGCGAUGGGGUGAAGGCUUCGUCCUGGUCUAUGACAUCACGGACAGAGGCAGCUUUGAGGAAGUUUUACCACUGAAGAACUUGUUGGAUGAAGUUAAAAAACCCAAAAAUGUCACUCUGAUCCUGGUGGGGAACAAAGCAGACUUGGAUCACUCCAGGCAGGUCAGCACAGAGGAAGGUGAAAAGCUGGCCACAGAACUAGCAUGUGCGUUUUAUGAGUGCUCUGCUUGCACAGGAGAGGGCAAUAUUAUGGAGGCCUUCUAUGAGCUCUGUCGUGAGGUACGGCGUCGAAAGAUGGUCCAGGGCAAGACUCGGAGACGAAGCUCCACCACGCACGUCAAGCAGGCUAUUAAUAAGAUGCUUACCAAAAUCAGCAGCUAAAAAAAUCUGUACUAAGCCAGAAAAGCAUUAUAGAGCAUAUUAGCUUGUGGUAGGGACAAGGCAGGCAGAGCACAUUUAAUAAAAAAUGGUCAAAGCUUUGCUAUUAAAAAAAUAGAAAACUGAAACCACACCACUUUUUGAGUAGCAUGGAAUCAGACUUCUUCCUGUUUCAAAAUGUAUUAUAGCCACACUACUUUGGGCUAACGUGGAAAAAACAAACAAACAAAAAAACUGCAAAGGACUAAAUGAUUGUGGGGGUUGGCACUUACAGAGUAUUUUCUGCUUCUACAAGGCUGGCUCCAAUCCCCUGCAAGUCAGUAGUGCCUAAACAUCAUUCCCAGCCAGCCAACUCCUCAGUAGCCACUUAGUUGGAGAGUAAGAGUCGGUCUUCAGUCCAGCAACAACCAUCACAACUGGUAAUCUCGAGACUGAGGCUGCUGUGUUGUACCAGAAGGUUCAUCUGACACCUUUCACCAGCUCUAAAUUGGCGCAUUGUGUGCUUUUACUCUAAACAGUCCUUCCUUGUUGUCAUUUUGUCAGAUCUAUGAGCGCCGAUGUUCUUAGCGAGUUAUGCAAAAAAUACAGUAAAGGUCUUUUUCAUGGAAUGUUUAGCUAGUAAGACAAAUAUUUCAAUGGAGCUGAAGUUCAGCUGCUUUUUGAGAUCCUCUAAAACUACAGAAUUUAUCAAGAAAUAAUCAGCUAGUCCAGUGGCAUUUCAGCGUUUCCUCCUUGACGUACAGUAUUGUACUCGGGGAAAUGGGAGUGUAUGCAUUGGGAAAUUAAACUUUAAAAAUAACCACAUUUCUUUUGAUUUCGUUAUGGGUAGUUUUUAGCUUGUGUUUAUAAUUUUGUUUUGGAUUUGUUUCAAUUCAAGUAGUUUUCCUUAUUCUGUCUUCUCCUGAAGAAAAGCUUUAACCAUAGGAAGGCAAAUGUUUAAAUUCUGAGCCCAAAUGUAUGUAGGCUGCUCUGAAAUUAUUGCCUCCUGUUUUGUUUUGUUUUGUUUUUUUCCCAUGUAAAGCUGCAAAAACUACAAAGAGCACAAUAGCACUAUUUGGUAGAGAAAAUUCUUAGCUACAUAACGCUAUUUUUCAACACAGUCACCACCAUCAGCCAAUUUGUGCAGAUGAGCUGAUUGAGACACUCUUCAUUUCAUGGUGUAACAACUGUGCAUGGCCAUCUGAAACAUGGCUUGUAUUUCAUGUCACUGUCACCACUGCAGAAACACACCACCCACUGCAUCAUUGUGCUGACACCCACUGUUUGGUCUCCAGAAACAUUCAGCAAGUGUCCAUGAAUAUCAUUUGGUGCCGUUUUUUCCACGUGAAGGAAUUCACUGACACAUCUUUGCUUCAUACACACUUCCAUGUCAGAUGCCAUUCUGUCAGACUGCCCCUCUGCUGCCAUCUGUCACACAGCAACAAAAUGUAACAGAAUAUUGGUGGGAAGGUUCAACCACUACUCCCAUACCACCACCACCCGCCUCUGAGACAUUGUGGCCAACAUAAUAGAAUAAGCAGCAUUACUAUUGGAGCAGCCCUUGUAAUUCAGUUGUUAAUGGGCUUCACCAUAUCAAAAGGCCAUAAUUUCCAGUUGUUUAACUUGCAGAUGUUGUUUGAAGCACUCUGUGGUUUAAACCAGCAUGGUUUUUGUGGUUUUACCUGGCAUUUUCAAGUGAAAGUGCAUUUUAUCAUAUUUUUGGUUCCUGGGAUAAAAGGCAUCCAGGUUUUUUUCUCCUGCUCUUCCGUCAUGUCUCACAUUGAAGCCAGCUAUCAAGUUUUGCUCCUGUCUACUUGUCCUAUUAACUGUACCGGUGAAGUCUUCUAGAAGAAGUAAGAGAUACAACAGCUUACACUGGAAGACUUUCUGACAGUGCUUGCCUCACAAAUUAUGCUGCAUCCCUUUAGGCAUCUUCGUGUGCAGCUUAAACUGACAUCAUGUAGAACCACAGCCAAAGGGUAGGGUGACAAAUGAGAUUAUUAGCAGUACUUGCUUCUGAAGAAUAGUCCUCUUAUAGCAUCUGCUUACAACUUUAUUCUCCUCUUUAUUCUCCUCUGCUUUGCACUUCAUAUGGUUGUUCACCUUUGUGAGGAAAUAACACCGAAAGGCCAUCAAAUCCAAUUUGCUAUAGAUGUACAAGAGGAGGAUAUCUAGUAAGACAGUACUUCGUACAGUUGUAGGUAGCCAUAUAAAUGAUGGAGCAGGCUGGAGAACCAAAUCUGUAUAUCCCCACAUACAGAGAAAUGUCCCAAGUCAGGACUUCUCAAAGCACUGGCUUAAAGAUAUUUAUGAAAGUGAUUUAAAAAAACAAACAACAAACACCCAGUUUGCAUCAAUGAAAAUCACAUUCAAAUGUGUACUAUAUUUUUGCUGUUAUUUUCUGUUUCCCCCAUUGUAGAUAGUGAAAACUCAUUCCAGUCUUUCAGAAUCAAUAUUUCUAUUUUGGUCCUCAUAUUCAGGCACGUCGCCAUACAUCAGCCACACACCCUGCAGUCAAAACCAUCGUGUGCUUCUGGGCAGGUGGUUUUGGCAACAGAUUACAUCACCGUCUCCAUGACACAUUUGUUCCCCAACUAUCGGUCAUGCCUCUAACUGUUGUUAAGUAAAUAAAUAAAGAGGAAGAGAGGUUUAGCCAUCUUUUAGUCCUGUUAGUAAUACGGAAUCAACAUGAGUGUAAGAGUGUUAGAUUAAUGCACUGACAGUCAUUAACUGAGGGUCUGAACUUGCAGACAUGUACAUUACAAUGUUAGGAGAAAGAGUUAACAUUUGCAAUUUCAGGCAUUAAAUCAGUCUGCUGUCUUUCAAAUCAGUGUUGCAUGAAUCCACAGCAAACAAAAUCCUUACCUGCAAUCCCAUAGGAACGCAGCUGAUGAGGAAAAUCAUCAUGUUGGUAUUCUAAGCAAUGAUUUAUGCCUCUCUAAGACAACAUCAACAGUUAUUUUCUCUGUAAUCCUUUCUUAGACUUCAGAGUAGAGCAGGAUUUAAAAUUAAAAAAAUUAAAAAUAAAAUAAAAAAUUAUUAUUUUUUUAAAGUAAUAAAUGAAUUACAAGAGAAAAUAAAUAAAUCAUAUUUGUAUUAAGAGAACUGAAAGGAAGGAAAGCCUAAGGUAUGGCCAUAAUACUUUCCAAAAGAAACCCAGCAAAUUAUAUCUUCUUUAUAGCGCAAUGGGGAAGCUAUAAAAUCUUCAUGAAAGAAAAUAUUCCACUGUGCAAACAUCACUUGUUACAUAAAGAACCUCUAAUAAAAAUAGUAACAUUCCUUUGAAAAGACUGAAUUUGGAAACUGCC